AGAUUUCAUGUGACAUCGCCGUCAACUAACUGCUUUCAUCAGCGGUCAGGAUAAUAAUUCACACCUGAUUUAUGACUCUGACAAACUUAAAGAGACAUAAAAGUACAAAUACAUAAUUAAAAGGUAAAACAGGAGAAUUAUUUUUUAGACCCAUUGCACCUGACCAAUCAAAGACGACUUUCAGACCUCUAACCCCGCCCACAUUGACGUAAGACUGGUAUUUCUGUGCUGCUGCGUGGCGAGUUUAACUGACGAGAAACUUUGACAAUAUAACAGAGAAUGACGUUUCUUUCUUAAAUAUCUGCACAUUCUGAGGAGUAUUAGUUCAUAUUGAGGUGCUGCGGUUCAAACAUGCAGAACAGUGAAAUUAAACAACGAAAAAAGACUUUAGACAACAAAGACAGAAGGACUGAACAUGAGGAUUGGAGGCAGAAAGUGGAUAAAAACUCUUCAGAUAUGAAGAGCACAAUGCUUGUCAUGUCUCUGUGUGUUUCUGUCUUAAUGAUGUGGUUUCUUUUUCAACAGGACGCAAGGUUAGCAGAUCUGAGAGAGAAAUAUGAUGAUUUGUAUAAAAAGAGCAAUAUAAUCCUGGACCUGGAAGCACAGAUGUCUCAAGUGUCAGAAAAGCAGCUGCAAGCGUCUGUGGACGAUUAUGAUGGACUUCUGACCGCUGAUACCAUGGUAACCAAGCUGCAACAGGUCAUCACCUUCAUCCACAACACCACCACAGUGCUGCAGGAGGAGCAGGAGGCGUCUGUGCUCCAUUAUCAAACUAUAAACAAUCGCUUACGUAAUAUAACUGAAGUGUGGCAGAGAAAACUCGCAGCUGUAACCACUGACCUAAACACGUUAAAAACGGAGUCACGGUCUGUACACGCACGCAUAACAGAACACGUCAACGAUGUAGACGCACGUCUGCACAUUCUGACCGAGCGUCUGCAGGAAGUGGAAGAUGGUACGAAGAGGAACACGCGUGUUUUGGACCGCACUGAGGAGGAGGACGCUAAACACGUUCAGGAUAAUUUAGACUGGAAUUCCAGACAGGUUUCUAAACUUCAGGAGCAGAUCAAACUCCUCUACAAAUCUGGUGAUGAGCUUCAGAAAAGGCUGGAGAAGGUAACCCCUCGUGCACAGCAGUGGGAGACACAACUCCCUGCCGUAGAGGAGUCAGUGCGGUCAAUGCUCAGACUCCGAGCGCAGUUCAGUGCGACUGAGACGAGGCUGCAGGAGCUGACGUUGCAGGUGCAGAGAACUGAGGAUGAGAUGUUGAAGACCUCGUCAGUGGUUCUCGAAGUCAAACAGGUCUUCAACACCUCGCAGGAAGUUCACAGUCAUAUGAGAGAACUGCCCCAAGAGGAGGCUAAACAGGAGAACAGAGAUUUGGACUCUGGGAAUGUGGACGAUAAAAUGGACCUCAGAGAAGAAUGAUGUGUAGGGACUGUUUCAGAUGUCAGAGGUGACUGUAAUCACAGGACAUGGUGAUGAAUACUGUAACCUGUAAAAACUAGAAGCAGAUUUUACAGAAACCGUCAGAUAUUGUGAUUCUACAGAGCUCCUUAGAGGAUAGGGAGGGGAUUUAUUUUCUGAAAUAGUUUUGUGUUCCCUCGCAAUAGUUUUACAUUUCCUCACAGUAGUUUGAUUUCCCUCGCAAUAAGUUUUGCGCUUCAUUGCAAUAGGUUUGUUUCCUCGCAAUAGUUUUGCACUCCUCACAAUACCUUUAUCCAUCCCUUACAAAAAAUAACCAUGGUUUUCCUGCAGAAACCAUGGUUGAACUAUGGUAAUUGUAGAAAAAACCAUAGUAGCCACGAAAUUUACCAUGGUUUUACAACAGUAACCAUAUUUUAACCAUCCGUGUUGAAACCGUAGUAAUACAGGAAAACCAAAACAUUGGUAAUACAGAUUAUAAUCAUUCUGCCAAAAAAACAUGGUCACUAUGGUUUUACCACAAACAUGGUUCAAAUAUGGUUACUGUAGUAAAACCAUUAUCAAAAAAUGUAAUAAGUGAUGAAUAAAGGUAUUGUGAGGGAAUACAAAACUAUUUCAGAAAAGAAUUUGCCUCCCUGUCCUCUAAGGGCACUUCAUGAUUCAGUGAAGAUUAACAAACUAGAUUUAUGUGUCUCUAUCUACUGUAACAUGAUUACUCAUUUUUGUUCAUUACAGUUGUUAUUUCACUUUUACUUGAAUUUAAAGUUUAGAUUUGUCUUUAAUAUGUAAUAGUGAUGUAGUUACAGAUCACUACAACACCUAAUUUACAAAAAUAAUAUUGAUUACACAAAUCUAAUACAAAGAACCACAACGAUAAUUCUGAAGCCCACAACUGAUUCACACUUUCACAAGUCGUUGGUUCUUAAAGCAUGUGUUUUAAUCUGUUCCCCCUCAACCGAUUAUUGAUUUAAUGUUCCUGGUUAUAUUGUGCACAAUUCAUCAUUGCACGUUAUGUUUGUCUUCAUAAUCUUUAAUCAAAAUGUAAUACCUUGCUCUGCCUCUGAAAUGAACCUUGGCUGCACUGCAGGGAAGAUGUUGUUAACCAAAUGUCCAUUUUACAUUUGAUAUGGGCUUUAUCCAGUUUCUAAAAUUUGCACUAAACACAAGGAAGCUAAGGCAAACUCCAUUGACUGUUAUCAUUUUUGUGCCAAAGAUUGUCAUUUCACAUCUAGUCAGAUGCAUACCUGCAACUCCCACAACUUGCCAGAGGUCAUGACCUCCAGUCCUCAUGUCUAAUAUAUUUGACCUGUAUCAGAUUGAAUCCUUUGGGUGGAUAUAUACUCGCCUCAAAUACAGUCAAGUAUUGUUUCUCAGCUGUAAUUCUCAGCAUUUCUUUAACUUAUCUUGUUAUCCUUUCCAUAUAUGGCUUCUCUCUUUUGGAUGUUGUCUUUGAUUUGAUUCAUGUUGACUCUUGCCCUGGAUUUGGUAUAGUAUUUUGUGUACUAGAUAUUGUUUCAAUAAAACACAAAGAUGGAAUAAUUUUUACCUUUGAUUAACUUGGUCAAAUUGUCAAGCUGUAAAUUAGACUGCAUGUCACUGAAUGCACAUUUUUGAUUAAGAAUGAUUGUACUUAUGAGAUGAGUGCACAUUAACCUCUCAGAAGGAUUGAAAGGACCAAAACAUGAACGAGAAUGCUUCUAGUGUGUUGUUGUGUUCCAUAAUGUGUCCGAGUGCAAUUCAUGAUGCAACGCAAGUACAGUAUGCGUUGCAUUCUCUGUAUUGCCGUAAGGGGUACUAUAGUAGACGUUAGUGUAAACUUCUAUGGUCAGUUUUCUCUUUCUGGUCAACAACAACUAUCAUGAAGAAACAGUUUAAAGAGAAUCUUUCAGAGUGACUUAAUUAAACUGUUGAUGUUUAUAGCUAGCUGAAUAAUAACCUAUCUGGUUUAAUGUCACAUUUGAAGGAAGCUUCAUUGCCCCGUUGGGAUUUGUUACCACCUCAUCAUUGCUGUAACGCAUGUAAAGUAAGUUCAAUGGGAGUGCGCACUUGCAAUGUUCUGGCCAAGUAUUCACAUCUGUAUUUGCGUACUUGUGUAUGUUUCUGGCCUAAGUCAUCCCUUCUGGAC